AUGCGAUCUGUCGCUUUCAUUCCGACCUUGUUCCUCUUGUUGUUCAUCUACAGCGACUCUCUCCAAACAGAUCUCUCGGCUCCAAUCUUCCCACUUUACAGUGCCCUCUUCUUACCACCCUCCAACAUCAGCGGUAAACUAUUAUUAUGCUCCUGAAAUACUUUUUAUUUUUAUAACGUUUAUAUUAACCAUGUCAGAGUUCUUUCCAAAGUUUUCGUUUUUUUCUUCUAAGAAGUAGAAUUUAUAAAAGAAUGUGUGAAAGAUUACUUUAUGUUUCAGAAGAAGAUGAUCAUCGAGAAUACCUCGCCACCAUGGAGUCCAUCAGGCCAAUUCUGGACGUUGCCAUGUUCGAUGCCUACCGAUAUUACCUACAAGGCUGGGCCCCAGGGCCUGAGGAAUGGCUCCAUAUUAAGGAGGCUCCAAUCAAAGGAUGUGACGAUCAAAAAGAGGCCGCCUGGGCGACAUUAGCGGCUUAUCAGUGGACUAAUGGGUCAGGGGUGAGUAGCCAUAUUUGAUAUUGUUUUAGAUAUCUGAAACAGAUUUUCAAACAAAAAUGAGUGCAAGUACUUUGUUUCCAGCUAGAUCUUGCCUUUGGUCCGGCUUGUGAUUACGUAUUGGCCAGUGUUGGUCGAAUCCUUGGUUUCUUCAAGGUCCCGAUGUUCACCAACGCCGGAUUCAGCGAAUAUUUCAAUCAGAAGAGCGACUUCCCAGUCACCAGGGUUGGUCCUCUACAAGUAAGUCUCCCAAUUUGGCCAUUUCUUCUGCAAACAAACAAUAAUUAGGGGAAAAUACUAUUUUUUGUCCGGCUUCUAAAAAUAGGUCAUUUGAAAGACAGAAUUCUGGGAAAUACGUCACUUAAAUGGCGGUAUUCCAAGAAAUAUGUCAUUGGGAUGACUGAUUUCUAAGAAAUAGGUCAUAGGGUUGACAGGAUUCUAAGAAAUAUGACAUAAAAAUGACGAAAUUCCAAGAAAUACGUCAUUUAAAUGACGGUUUUUCUAGAAUUUUUGCUUUCAAUGACCGAAUAUAUGGAAAAUGAAAUUAUCUACAGAUUUUUGUAAUAACAUGUUCAGGAUCACAUCGUCCGGCUAUUUGGGCAAUUGGCCAAUCAGUUUGAGUGGAAGAGGCCAUCGUUCCUCUACGAAAAGAGCUUCUGGGAAUCUGAAUUCUUGGAAGGUGGAUUCUGCAAGAUUCUUGGAAAUGUAUGUUAAUAUAAAAGGGCAUAACGCCAGAAAUAAUAUUAGCUUUAGUUUAAGUUUAUAGGCAAUGUUUUAAAAUUGAUGUUUAGGAAUUUAAAUUUGUGUUAUCUCUUUCUUGUACACCAAUAUAUUGGCCAAUAUGUUAUGUUAGGUGUUUGGGUAAGACAAUAUAUAGGUCAAUGUUUUGGAUAAUCUUUACAUUUCACCAUGUCAUUUUAAAAUCUUCGGAAAAUAAUCUUUUUGUUAUGGAAGGUGAAUCACUUGAGAGAUUUGCAAUAAAACGCUUUUAUAUCUCUUCCAAGUGUAACAUCGAGACAGAUGGCGGCCGAGAAGGUGAAAUGUUACCCAAUUUCGCAGAUAUUAUUGUUUUAUGUCAACUCGAAUAACAAUCUAAGAUUUUAAAAGCUUUAAAAAGAAAUUCAUAAUGUAGAACAAUAUAUUGCUUUUGAAUAAUUAAGAACAUCUAAACCAAUGAAAUCUAAAGCAACAUCAAGCAAAUAAUGUAAAACAACAAAAUUACAUUUGCAUUGUAGGGCAUGUACGCUUACACAGUGGAGAGAAGAUGGAAUUUGACGAUAAAAGCGCAAUUGUUGGAGCCGGCUGAAGAACAACAUUAUAGUAGAGAGCACUACAAACAGCUCCUGAUGGAGAACAUUGGCAACAACUUCGGAGGUAAGGGAAGAGUUGAAUCAGGGUUAAUUCGGAUACUUUUCGAAUUUAUUUCCGCUGUUUUUGGGGGAGAGGAGAUCUUUUUCUUCAGAGAGGAUAUAUAUGUUAACAUACAUGCUCUACUGGCCGGUAGAACAUUUAUGUUGCGUUUUCUGUUGAUGUGUUGUUAAAACUUAAAAGUUUAUCUUUUUAAAAUGAUUUUUAACAUUUUUUAUCAUUACGAUUGAAGCUUUACCUCAUUUCUUAUGUUUUACAGCAAUAUUUACAUUGCUGUAAAUGUGUUUUACUCUGAUCUUCGGCCGUCUCUAAAUGCCAAUCUCCAGAUAUAAUACCUCUAUAAUAUUAUUAGAAGCUUUAUUAUGACCAUAAUAUCCCCACAACAGUAUCUUAACAUAACAAUAUCUGUAAUAGCAGCUAUUUCAACAUGUUAUUACUACCUCAUCUUACUAUGGCUUUGCCUGCAGAAUGAAACGCUCACAAGAACACAUGUAAUUAUGUCGAUCAUUAAAAUACCAGGCUUUAAAGUACUAACUAACCUAAUAUACUGUGGUAUGUUUGGUGCCAAGUAUCACAGUUAAGUACUGCAAGAUAUAUCAUGAGUCUUACCUUAGUGUGGCUUAUAACCUACUACUCAUACCUCGUAGUGUUGUUCCGAACCCCUCAUAUCUCGAAAUGUUCGCGCAACUUUGUUCACAAUUGGCAGCCACUUUGAAUUGAUUGGAGCCAGCCGGUUGCUCCGAGGGGCGACUGACGUCAAAAUCCGGAGUUAACAGGUUCUCUUGGUGUGAUUCCAUUGGCCAGAGUUAAUCCACGAGAAAGCGAAGCCGACCGGCCCCACUCUCGGCAUUAUGAAGCCGGUUGCGUGUCCUUUUGUCCCACCUAUUACAAGUUAUUAUUAAAACUGAAUUAAACAUUCGGUCGCACCUUUUUAUGCUAAUUAUUCCCUGGGGGGACGAGGCCGGAGAAGUUAUCUGAAGUGUCGAGUUUGUAAAUUGAGUCUCUAUUAGGUUGGGCCGAAAAAACGCGGCUUCUAAAACUUUUUACGGUACGAUUUGGGCUUGCAACUUUACACUUGGGAUGACACUCUGUAGGAGGGCGGGGUGAAGUUUUAGCCCUAACCUUAGCUUCUCGUGGGGUAGGGAAGGUUUUCUGAUUUUAAGGCUGAUUUUUUAAACUGCUUUAAGGUUAGAUUUUGUGAAAAGGUUAAUUUUUUGAGCAAGACUUAUUGAAAAAACUUUUUUUUCUUCAAAAUUCGACCAAAACUAAGAUGAGUUUUGUUUUUUGAAAAUUACCCCUGCCCCCAUCUGAAGCACGGCCCGACCUUAUCGUGGUAUGCACGCAGGUAGAGGUAAUUACUUGGCCAUACUCAUUUCGUGCUCGAGAGAUGUAAUUGCCUCUCUCGAGGCCAAAGCCGAUCUUCUCCAUGACUAUAGACAAUGUUUAUUUGUUUGUUGUGGUUUAGACAACUCAUCGCGGCGAUGAGUCGUGGGCUUUGGGCGACGAAAGCGCGGUUUCCUAAAAUAAGCCACCGGCCUUGCGGCACUCUUACCUGGAUUAGAUCUAAUCUCUUUAGCUGUUUUCGGCCCUGAGGAGGAAGACCUUGGCCAAGGUGCCAUCGGGCCCUCAGGGGCAAAACGAAGCGUGGAUUGUGAAUUUGUGGGGAGCAGAAGUGUCGUUCUCUUCUCCUCUCGUUUCUUAAUUUAUUGUUGCCAUAAAGUCGUUUAGAUCGUUGCUUAAUGUAGAGAGUUCGGCUAUGCCAAAUGUCAGAUGUUUGGCUGUCUGAUGGUUGUCGCUUCACGCAUCGUAUGCUUCUGAUUCUAUGGAUGCUCAUGUUGGUCAUGCAACUGUUGGCUGUUGGGACUGAGUCGUUGGCUACAAAACAUACUCAACGUAGUCGUUCUGGGUCUACAAAGAACGGUACUCAACCUCUACAGCGCCGUACUCAACAUACACAGAGUCGUACUCAACUUUCACACAAUUAUGUCGAGCCAGCAAAGCAUGCUCAACCUUUGAACGGUGAUACUCACUAUUCACAGCAUUAUACUGAAAUUAGACGUGCUCAACCCCCACGUACUCAACUCCCUCACCGGCAUAUCCAACAUACUCACGUGUCGCUUCAACGUCGCCAUCUUGAAGCGCAUGACAGUGCACACUCGAGAGGUCGGAAGAAGAUUGAAGUGUCUCCGGCACGACCCAUCUACCUUCUCUUUCCGUUGCCCGUCGUCCAGAACAAGGCCCUCAACCCGUUUGGCAUUACUAUCGACUUGGCUCAGCCCGUGGUCGAUAUCGCGGUAGAGGAGGUGUAUCGACGACAGAUCGUGCAACCAGGCUCGCUACACAUACAUUUCGAGGACUCACGACUCUCCGACGCUCACGGUCCGAAUGUAGCCAUUAAUCAUCUGGUGAACAAUGAGCUGGACUGCAUUAUAGGUAGGUUAAUAUGGGUUUGUAGACAUUUUGGGUAGGGUAAUAUUGUGUUUUACAUUUUAUUUGUGAUGAAAAAAUGUUUAUGGGGACAGAAGUAAUGUCAAAAUUCAGUUUUUUAGUUAGAAACGAAGAAUUGUUCGAUUAGGUACUAAAUUGGUCAGAAAGUAAGUAGAAAAGGUGUUAUAAUAUGGCAAUAUUACAAAAAGUAUAAACUUCUUUGACAUUUCAAAUACGUUUAUAAUGAAUUUUGGCCAUUCAAACUACAAAUUGGCUCUUUAUGACCUUGUGAUACCUCCAGAAGCUGAUGAUUUUAAUGUCAUAUUAAGGUUCCUUUCCUCUUUAUAUUGCUACACAGCCCUUUCCUUGUCCGUUCGAGGCCACGUAGCGGAAAUUGACAAAAUUGUUUUGGAUUAAGUUUGUUUAUGGUUAAUAAUUAAUGUGGAUUUCGAGUUGGAUUAGGAGUUUCAGAACAAGAUACGAUACUUGGUGUGUGGUAACAGAGUACUUCUGCUUGUAGAUUCAUACCCAAUUUCGUAUUAAUUUAUAAUGUCGUGUGGGUAAGAUAUUCGCAAGAGAUUAAUGAUGUUAUCCACUAAUCUAGGCCACAUUACUUUGUUGAAAUUUCAAAAAUUUAAAAAGAAAUAGUUGGGUCAAAAAGUAGAUAGAACACAUCAAAGACUUACUGAGCGGGAUUCUAGGAACUUUUCGACCAAUUUUGAGUUGUUUAUUUUUUACAACUUUACAUUGCGACAAAAUUAAUGGACUUAAUACAAUAUUAACCACGUUUUAUCUCUAAACCUAUAGUAUUUUAGGCUAUGGAUUUGUCUAUGCUUUGGCACCAGUGGCUCGGAUGUCACCGUACUGGCACGAUGCUGACAGUGACGGCAUUCCUGUCAUCACAUCGACCGGUCUCACCUCAAACCUCGACAACCGUAACGAGUACGCUCUGAUGACCAGGAUCUCGUCGCCGUACAAAGUAGUACGGAACUGCGUGAUGAAGUUGUUCUUCCAGAUGAACUGGCGCAACUCGUUCUACCUCUUCCACGAGAGUCGCCACAACAACAAUGACAUCUCGAUUCCAUACGGCGAAUGUUACCUUCUGAUGACGUCGAUUCACGUUGAGUUGAGUGUGCUGUUCCCCAACGACCACAACUACUUUAUGUUCAACGAGAACAGGAUGAGCAAGGACGAGAUCGAGGAGAAGCUCAAGUACGCCAGCAUGACCAGCAGUGGUAAGGUUAAGGGAGCACGGUGA